GCACACCUCUCUCAUCUCGCUCUUGUCUUCAAAGACACAAUCAGUCACGACCUCAUCAACUAUCCCUUCACUUAGGCCCUUGUCAAACAACUAUAGCUCUCAGGCAAACGUGUAUCUUCUCCCCCUGGCCAACAGCAUCCUAGCCAUCACACCCGCACACUCCACUCCACGUCACUUGACCACUUCCGGCGCCCGCCGCACCAUCACACUCACUCCCCAUCACACCCUCUUCCGACCUUGCCUCCACUACCCAUAACCCCAUCAAAAUGUCAAGGUUCAAGAUCACCCCGCAGCUGUGGGACAAGAUCCACCACUUUGCGUCGUUCCCUCCCACUGGCGUGUCCCUCCAGCAAAUGAUCCUGUUCGGACAGGACCCAUCGCAGGGCACGCUGCUCAAGGCGUCCCAGUUCCUGUCCGAGGAGCUGCCGAUCCGCCUGUCGCACCGCGUCGUCGAGCUCGAGUCGCUCCCCGAUGGCCUGAGCAAGAUGCCGUCCAUCAACCGCGUCAAGGAGUGGUACGCCCAGAGUUUCGAGGAGCUCGUCACGUUCCCAAGACCCAAGCUGUCUACCGAGCUUGAGGACAUUCUCCGCAUGCCCCCGGCUGAGCAUAUCAACUUCCCGCGCGCCGUCCCCAAUCCAUCGCUCGACCCGGUCAUGCACGAGGGCCCGGUUGGAUCAGGCCGCACCAUCAACGACCGGUAUAGCCGGCACCACUCGUUCAAGUCUGGGGGCGUGCGGAUGCGCGUGCCCAUUGAGCGCAUGUACUUCUCACCGCCGCCCGUCAAUGUGAAGUACCCGCCCGAGGUGCACGAGUACAAUGAGCAGUUUACGCGCCUCCUCCAGAACAUCAAGAAGCGCCACGACCCGACCGUCACGUCGGUCGCCCAGGGCGUGCUCGAGUGGAAGCGCAAGGAGAAGACGGGCAGGAUAGGACAGACUAUCCAGGAAUGGCUCGACAGGUUCUAUCUCUCGCGUAUCGGUAUCCGUGCACUCAUUGGCCAGCACGUCGCGCUCAACACGCUCCAGCCCCAUUCCGACUAUGUCGGUAUCAUCUGUACCCGGGCGAAUGUGCACGACAUUUGUCACGAGGCUAUUGAGAACGCGCGUUUUGUUUGUGAGGAGCACUAUGGGCUGUUCAAGGGCCCGCCUAUCCAGCUCCUCUGUCCCAAGGACCUUACAUUCCCUUACAUCCCCGGCCAUCUCUCGCACAUCUGCUUUGAACUGCUGAAAAACUCGCUCCGCGCUGUGGUGGAACGCUAUGGCGAGGAGAACGAGGACUCGUUCCCGCCCGUCAAGGUUAUUGUCGUUGAGGGCUCUGAAGAUAUCACGAUCAAGAUCUCGGACGAGGGUGGUGGAAUCCCCCGUUCUGCCCUCCCUGUUAUCUGGACCUAUCUUUACACGACGAUGAGCGACGAGGGCCUCGAGGCGACCAUCGAGUCGUCAGACUUCAAGGCCCCAAUGGCUGGUUUCGGCUACGGUCUUCCCCUGUCGCGACUGUACGCGCGCUACUUUGGCGGUGACCUCCGUCUGAUCUCGAUGGACGGUUACGGAACGGAUGUGUACAUUUCGCUCAACAAGCUGUCGUCGAGCCGCGAGCCCCUCCCUUGACGCGACCCCAACGGCCGUUGGCUGCUCUUGCAAAACGGUCGGUGAGGGGGUAGAGCUGAGCUAGGAGCUUGCAAGAGUGGCGUGUGUGUUGAAUGGUUGGUGUGAGAGAAAGUAAAGUGUUGUAGCUCGCCCCGAUCUUGGGGGUUGCAAUGAAAUGGUUGUUACGUCG